AGGACAUGCUCUUCAAUCCACCACACAACACCUUACCCCUCUGCUGGCAAGAGGGGCCUGAUUCAUCCUCACGCGAAAUAUUCUAUCCAGCUGAUUGAGACGGUACAGAGGAGAAGCUGAAACUUCUCUGCCUUUGCACUGCAAAAGUGAAUGAGCGAUCCCUCUCAACUGACUCAAAAUGUUUACCUCACCCAGGAGAUGGAGCUCGCGAAGGCCUUCUCUAGCCAGCGGACACGCCUAUCUGCCAUCCUCAGCAUGCUAUCACUCAGCUUCUCGACAAUAUCCCUGUUCAGCAACUACUGGUUUGUGGGAACACAGAAGGUGCCCAAGCCCCUGUGCGAGAAAGAUCUGGCAGCCAAGUGCUUUGACAUGCCAGUGUCCCUGGAUGGAGACGUCGCCAACACAUCCACCCAGGAGGUGGUACAAUACAACUGGGAGACUGGGGAUGACCGCUUCUCCUUCCGGAGCUUCCGGAGUGGCAUGUGGCUAUCCUGUGAGGAAAUUGUGGAAGAACCAGCUAAAAGGGAGAUGGAAGAGGAAUUUUUUAAAAGUGUGUAUUUACAUUUGUAUUUGUUAUUGUACCACUUAGCACUGCUCCAUCCCCAGUCCUGGAAAUACUUUAGAGCCCUUCGGUCCAGUGGUACAGCAGCAGCAAAAGGGGAGAGGUGCCGAAGUUUCAUUGAACUCACACCACCAACCGAGAGAGGUGAGAAAGGACUACUGGAAUUUGCCACGUUGCAAGGCCCAUGUCACCCCACUUUCCGAUUUGGAGGGAAGCGGUUGAUGGAGAAGGCUUCCCUCCCCUACCUUCCCUUGGGGCUUUGUGGCAAAAAUCCUUUGGUUAUCCCUGGGAACGCAGAUCACCUACAUCGGACUUCAAUUCAUCAGCUUCCUCCUGCUACUAACGGACUUGCUACUCACUGGGAACCCUGCCUGCGGGCUCAAACUGAGCGCCUUUGCUGCUGUUUCCUCUGUCCUGUCAGGUCUCUUAGGAAUGGUGGCCCACAUGAUGUAUUCACAAGUCUUCCAGGCAACUGCCAACUUGGGUCCAGAAGACUGGAGACCACAUGUUUGGAAUUAUGGCUGGGCCUUCUACAUGGCCUGGCUUUCCUUCACCUGCUGCAUGGCGUCGGCUGUCACCACCUUCAACACGUACACCAGGAUGGUGCUGGAGUUCAAGAGCAAGCACAGUAAGAGCUUCAAGGAAAACCCGAACUGCCUACCGCACCACCACCAGUGUUUCCCUCGGCGGCUGUCAUGUGCAGCCCCCACCGUGGGUCCUUUGACCGGCUACCACCAGUAUCAUAAUCAGCCCAUCCACUCUGUCUCUGAAGGAGUAGACUUCUACUCGGAGUUGCGGAACAAGGGAUUUCCACGAGGGGCCAGCCAGGAGCUGAAAGAAGCAGUUAGGUCAUCUGUAGAGGAAGAGCAGUGUUAGGAGUUAAGUGGGUUUGGGAAGUAGGCUUGAGCCCCACCUUACAUGUCUACUGAUUAUCAACAUGUGCUUAAGCCAAAGUCUGUCUCUUGAGCAUGGUUUUUAGAGGCUAUAAAUAAGGGUUAUCUUUAAGUCCUAUGGGAUGCUUGGGUGCCCCUGCUGUCUUUUCCUCUACAGCUCGUUUCAUCCACCCUGUAUCUCACGCAUCCAGAAUUCCCUCCUCUCCUAUACUGAUAGCUUCUGCGCCAGGUUCUGGGCUAAGCCAUGGAGAUAAAAGAGGGGUAAGAAUACACUUCUUGACCUUAAAGGUCUGAUAAAUCUAGUUAUCCCCCUGGAAAUUGAAGAAAUGGAGAUGACCAAGUUAACAGUAGCGUGACUGUGGCUCAGCUUUCCAUGGUACACAGGAAUUGUUCUGGAAGUCACAGACAGGAAGACAGAAGCACCCCUGAGUGCUUUCCCAUGUCGCAGAGAUUUUCCACACUGCCUGGGGCAGUGUCCUGCAUCCACACAGUAGGUACCCAGUAAAAGUGUUACUAAAUAUUGUCCCAGGACCCCUUAGGAGAGUGGUUUAACACAAGAAAACACCAACAACACACAGGGUCAAGGUCACUUCUAGAAACAGCCUACCAAGGCUAUUCAGAUGGGACUGUGGUUCCCUACUGGAGAGUCAUACCAGGGACUUCCCAGUGAACAAGGGGGCACAGGCUCCUCUCUGGAUCCCACCUUUUCAUCCCUUCUAUUUCCUCCAUGAAGAAUGCCACACAUCU